AUGGAGAGCUUCGCACUUCACUCUCUCUCCACCACCGCCACUUCCGCUUCCUUCUCUCACCACCCCUCACGCCUCUCUGUUCUCCGCCGUAUCUCAUCAUCGAGAUCUCCGCCUUCAUCCAUCUCUCUCCCAUCUCUCCGAUCUCACUCUGUUCAGCCUCUCAAUUUCCCUCUCCUCAAACCAAUCCCCCGUUUCUCCAAACGAAUCAACGCCACACCAAAAAACAACGACACUCCUUCGCCAACCCAAUCCCCGUCUCCUCAACCGCCGCAAGGGGCGAAACUAGUCCCUCUGAUUCUCUCCGUCUCUGUCGGUCUAAUCCUCCGAUUCGCUGUCUCCGUACCGGAAGGAGUCACGCCGCAAGGCUGGCAGCUCCUCUCGAUCUUCCUCUCCACAAUCGCCGGCCUCGUCCUCAGCCCUCUCCCAGUCGGAGCCUGGGCUUUCAUCGGCCUCACGGCGUCGAUCGUCACGAGAACGCUCUCCUUCUCCGCAGCUUUCUCCGCCUUCACCAGCGAGGUCAUCUGGCUCAUCGUCAUCUCCUUCUUCUUCGCACGCGGAUUCGUCAAAACAGGCCUCGGGGACAGAAUCGCCACUUACUUCGUCAAAUGGCUCGGAAAAAGCACCUUAGGCCUAUCUUACGGCCUCACCCUUAGCGAGGCCCUGAUUGCUCCUGCAAUGCCCAGCACCACCGCUAGAGCCGGCGGCAUUUUCUUGCCCAUCAUCAAGUCUCUGUCUCUCUCCGCCGGAAGUAACCCAGGAGAUUCCUCUUCCAAGAAAUUAGGAGCUUACCUAAUCCAAUCCCAAUUCCAGUGUGCCGGAAACUCUAGUGCUCUGUUCUUGACAGCAGCAGCUCAAAACUUGCUGUGUCUCAAGCUAGCAGAGGAGCUUGGAGUAGUGAUUGCAAACCCGUGGGUUUCUUGGUUCAAGGCAGCGAGUCUACCAGCGAUCAUAUCACUUCUUUGUACUCCGUUUAUCCUCUACAAGCUUUAUCCUCCGGAGACCAAGGACACACCGGAGGCUCCGGGGAUUGCUGCUUUGAAACUCAAGAAGAUGGGUCCCGUCACUAAAAACGAAUGGAUCAUGGUCGGUACAAUGCUCCUCGCUGUCACUCUCUGGAUCUGCGGAGAGACUCUUGGCAUACCAAGUGUUGUAGCUGCGAUGAUUGGUCUCUCCAUACUUCUUCUGCUUGGUGUUCUUAACUGGGACGAUUGCUUAAGCGAGAAAUCAGCAUGGGACACGUUGGCUUGGUUUGCUGUGUUGGUGGGGAUGGCAGGACAGCUCACGAACCUCGGUGUUGUGACGUGGAUGUCUGAUUGUGUGGCGAAAGUUCUUCAGUCUAUGUCCUUGAGCUGGCCUGCUGCGUUUGGACUUCUCCAAGCGGCUUACUUCUUCAUACAUUACCUUUUCGCAAGCCAGACUGGUCACGUGGGAGCGCUCUUCUCGGCUUUCCUUGCUAUGAAUAUAGCAGCUGGUGUUCCUGGGGUUCUUGCUGCACUUGCUUUGGCUUACAACACCAAUCUUUUUGGUGCUUUGACUCAUUACAGUAGCGGUCAAGCUGCUGUCUAUUAUGGAGCGGGUUAUGUUGAUUUGCCUGAUGUAUUCAAGAUUGGAUUCGUGAUGGCUACGAUUAAUGCGAUCAUCUGGGGAGUAGUUGGAACUUUCUGGUGGAAGUUUUUGGGUCUUUAUUAA